AGGAUGCAGUCUUGGUAGCAGAUCGCCUCAAGCAGCGUCAAACACCUCAGCCAAGAACUUCUUCAUGUCUGCAUGAACCUCUUCCUUGCUCAAAGUCACGGGAGAUCUUUCAAACUUCCAGCAUGAGCUCAGCAGGCUUCUCGCAGAUUGCUUCGAGGUUUAAGUUGCGACACAAACGGGAUCGCACCUCUGACACAGAGGCCUUCACGUCGUUUCGGAAACACCUUAAAGUUUCUCGGUCGCGGCUCGAGGACUUGAAGUCGGCGUCCUUAUCGCGGAUAGAGCAGCACAGGAACGAGGGUCAGCACAAGUGGGCAGACUCGCUGCUGAGCUAUGGCGAGCAUCAUGGAGGCCAGCUAGGGGAGCUGCUGAUGGAGAUGGGAAGAGCUCAGAGUCGGCUGGAGCAGGAGCGAGGGGCGCAGCUUGCGUCAGCUCAAGAGCGCUUCCUGCAGUCGGUGACGGAGAUCCUCGACGUUCACUUCAGCAGGGUUCACAACAAGAAGAUGCUGCUAUACUCAUACAGAUGGAGUCUUCUAUCCGCGACUACAUCCAGGCCGAGAACUCUUACGCGCGUCUCAACUCGGAGAUCAUGACCAGCAUCAUGGAACUCGAAGCG